AUGGAGCAACCACAUAAAGAUUUUGAAGAUAUAGUUAUCAAGUUGGCAAGAGAGGAUGAACAGAAAGACGAUAACAGCAAAUAUGAGGUUACCUUAUCGAAUCAUUGUCAAAAGAGUCAUUUGUUUAGUGUCAUUGCAGUACUAGCUCUUUAUUUAAUACCAGCAGGUCGUUGGGAUGAUUUAGAAUCAUCAUUGGAGACUAUGGUAAAUGGUGCACAGGAAGGAACAGCAGUACUAGAGAAUGUAAAAAUACUCAAAGUAGUUUUGUCACAGUAUGACUUUAAAGCAAAGAGACUAGAGUAUGAAAAUGCAAUCAAAGAAAUGCAGUCACUGUAUGCCCUUAGAAUAGAGAGACUUGACAUGUUUAUAAAGAUUCUCGAGAGCUCUGGUGGUGAAUUGACCUAUGAUCAGUAUAGAGAACAAAUACCCAGUCUGUUAUCAAUUCUCGAACACUUGGAUGGUAUGACUGAAGGAAAAUACAUUGAAAAGAUUGUAGGCAGUCUCUCAGAGAUCUAUAUGAGCGAAAAUCCAACGCCAACGCCAGCGACAGCGUGGAUCGAUAAACUCAUGCCAACGAUCAUAGACACAUUGAUCAAGGUGCUGGAUAGGAAUCAACGUAAAAAGGGUUUUGCAGACAAAAAAACUAAAGGCAUGGUAUACGGUUUUUUGUUGGACGUUGCCGAGAAUGACAACGACACUCAAAUUCUAUUUACCGACAGUCACCUUGAAAGAAUGGUCGCUCUUUUGUACGAGUGGUUGGCUCAAGUCGACGAUGAAAAAGAGUGGACCGAUGGUUACGAUCCUGGUGUGGUGAGAGAUAAGGUAAAUCUUAAUAUCAAUGAAGAGCAGGAAAGCGACCUUUACAAAGAUCAAUUCACCUAUCUUGAGGGUAAACCGGUUGAAGCUGAUGCAAGCUUUCUGCGAUUCGUAGCUUCAUUUCUUGACCGCGUACAAGAGCCCGUUUUCAAACAUUUCAACAGCAUGUUAAACUCUCAUUGGAAGCAAAGAUACGCAGCACUGGUUAGUUUAUCUAAAUUUUGUUCAUUUUUUAGUGAUCGUGUUGUACAACAAUUUCCAUUUAUAUUAAAGACAAUAUUAAAAUCAGUUGAAGAUAAAAAUAUUCAAGUUAGAUGGGCAUCAUUACAAUGUUUGGUUAGAUUACCAAAUUAUCAAAAAUUGAUGAUUGUUUCGAGAGAAAAAAUAAUUGACGUCAUUGACAAAUUAAUUGGUGAACCAAAUGAACGCAUUCAAGUGAGUUGUUGUCUGUUGGUUCAAUCCAUGACGGAUUCAUUGUUGGAAAAAGAUAUGAUCAAUGAGACUACUCUGUUUGGUUUAUGUAGGUCAUUUGAAACAUUAUUGCAAUCACAAAAUAUACACUAUAUUGAAAGUGCAUUAUCGUCAUUAAUGUCGGUUAUUUAUAUUUUUAACAAAAGAUUAAGACCUUAUUUUGGAAAUAUAGGUUCUAUUCUAUUAUCAAUGUUGGAGAGAUAUCAAAGUCUUGCAACAAUGGAAUCAAGAUUAUUACGUUGUCGUGCAAUCAAGGCGAUAGCAUUGUGUCAUCAAGUAAUGGACAAAAAGACAUAUUCAAAGUACAUGCACGAGUUUAUGAUGGUUGUUAAAAAGAAUGAACGAUCAUUUGAUUUGACUGUCGAUGUCGUAAGAGUAUCACGAAUGCUUAUUUCAACGAUUGGAUUGUUAUUUGCAGAGUAUUUACCCAUUAUAAUUGGUAUGGUUGUUAGAGUACUAGAGACACCAUUACCAAACCAACAACAACAACAACAACAACAACAACAAUUGGAAAUGACAGAAUCAUUACCACAAGAUGUCAGGGGAAUAGUGUUGGUGCUCAAGUCAUUACACAUCAUUACUGAGGAUUGUCAGAGUCCACAAACGCACUAUAAUGACAAUAUUUCCCAAAUGUUGGCACCAUUUGUCGAUGUCUUGGUCGAUCCAAUAUGCAAAUUGGCAAGGAACCCAUUCAACAACAUCAUUCAACUUUUUUCCUAUUCCACCUUGCCCGGUUUGGUCAAGAUGGUCAUGCGACAUUAUGGUGCCGAUAGUGACAAGACAAUCGAGAUGGUUGGCAAGGUAUACGAAUUGGUACUUUGGUCAUGUCCACUCGAGAUUGACUGGAAGGUGUUGAACAAACGAAUUAGCGUUGCUAUCAGUCUCAUUGGUUUGAUGUCGGAUGAAAUGUCAGUCUAUCAUAUCCAAUCGACAAUCGAUAUAUUUUUAAACAUAAAUGUCAGAAUGGACCAAAUUUUACAAAAGGUGCGAAACGACAACCAAGAGGUUACCAUUGGUGAGCAUCAAGAGGAUAUCCCCGUGUUAAUCGCCAAUGUAGUAUCCAAUAACUACGAGAUGCUUGCCGAGAUGGUCAGAGAUACCUGGGCAUUUAUCAAGCGAUCAAUCCAAUCAAAUUGGAAUACUAUUCCAUCACAAACAAGGAAACAACUAUCAACAAUAUUAUAA